AUCACUUUAAACUCUUUCCAUCUUUUACACAAACUCGUUUCUAUUUUUCUCUCCACAGCUGCAGCAGUUCAGAUCAUUUCAGAACCAGAACCACAGAGCAGAGAAGAGUUUCUGAAAUAUUUCUGUUAUCUGACUCUGGAUCCCAACACGGCACAUCGUCUCCUCAUUCUGUCUGAGAAGAACAGAGCGGUGAGAUGCAGUGAGAGAGAGCAGCGUUACUCUGAUCAUCCAGAGAGAUUUGAUUACUGGUGGCAGGUGUUGUGUAAGGAGAGUGUGUGUGGACGCUGUUACUGGGAGGUGGAGUGGAGCAGUGAUGGUGAUGUGUUCAUAUCAGUCUCAUAUAAAGACAUCAGCAGGACAGGACGGCGUGAUGAGUGUUGGUUUGGAGGCAACAAUCAGUCCUGGAGACUGUGGUGUUCUUCUUCUUCUUCUCUCUCUUUCUGUCACAACAGCAUUGAGACUGAUCUCAGAGUUCCAUCUCCCUCCAAAAUAGGAGUGUAUGUGGAUCACAGUGCAGGAACUCUGUCCUUCUACAGCGUCUCUGACACGAUGAAGCUCCUCCACAGAGUCCACACCACAUUCACUCAGACUCUAUACGCUGGGUUUGGGUUCGACUUGCAUUCUACAGUGAGAUUGUGUGAUCCAGAAUAAAAGUGUGUAGUGUUUUCUGUAAAA